CCUCUCUCUCUCUCUCUUUCUCUCUGUUUCUUUCUCCCCUUUUUAUUUUCUCUCACUUUCCAAAAUUUUCCCACGAAAACAAAAUCGCUCAAACUCAAAAAUCCCCCCUUUUUAUUUCUCUCCCUCUUUCCUUCACCCUUUCAAUCUUCAAACUUUUCAUCUCUCUCUCUCUCUGAGACAACAACCUAAGACAACCCUUUUCUCUUAUUCCUUCUUCUUCCACCAUUAUUCCCAAGCAUCAAUUUUUUCAUUUGUUCCGAUUCUCACUCAAAAAUCACUCUUUUCAACAACCCUUUGAGUUUCUCUCACUAAAAAUUCAAUCUUUUUUCAAAUCCUCAAACCCCACUUCAUUUUUCUUCGAUUCUAAUCCACCCCAUAAGAAAAAGCUUCAACCUUGUUACAAUUUUCCUCAGAUAAAAAAAUGGGGUUUUCGAAAAAAACACAAAUUGAGAAUAGUUUGGAAUCCGAAGCUAAAAAAUGGGUAAUUGCUGGAAUUUCUGUUAGGUCACUAAAACCUAUUAACACAAAGGUUAAUCCAAAAAACGACGUCGUUUUCGACGAAGAAGAUGAAGAAUGUUCAACUACACCGACGGCGAAGGAAGCUAGGAUUCCGGUGAACUUGUCGUGUCCACCGGCACCGAUGAAGAAGAGAAUUUCAAGGUGUAACAAUGUUGGUGGUGGUGGUGUCAGAGAAUUCUUCACAACUCCUGAUUUGGAAACAGUUUUCAAGCGAUAUGUUGAGAAAUCUCUUUGAUUUGUGUGAGCUUUUAUUUAACUAACAAACUUUGAUAAUGAAGGUUCAUUCUAUGAGGAAUAAAAAAUUGUUGGAGUUAAUUUGAUUUUUAUUGUAAUUCCUCUUUGAAGAAAAAAAAAACAAGAACCUAUGUAUAAAUGGAAAUUUUCAAUUUUUACAAGUUAGAAAAGCAAGUACUUUAUUUUGCUU